AGGUCUUUAGGACCGCUCAGGAAUCCUGGAGUAGAGCUAGUAUAAGGUUUGCAAUCUCUUGUUUGCUGGCAUUUGGAAAUCUUCUCUCCAAACAGCAAGACAUCUCUCUCCUCCUCCUUGUGUGUGCCAGCAGCACCCCCAACUCUGUCCGGCUCCCCGCCUGCUGCUGUGUGGUCAGGAUAAGCCUCUCCCCACCCCACCCAGAGAAGAGAGGUCUCUGGCUCGUCCUAUUCCAGCAUGUAUCCCCUCUCUGACACCUCAGAGCUAUGUGUUUUGCAGUAACUUGGAGGGACAGACUGGUCACUACAAGGACAGCAAGGUCCCCACCCAUCAUGCAAUGGUAAUUGGGAGUGAUUGAUGCUGCCUCUCAAUCCCUCUCAACAAAUCUCCAUUCUAAAUACAAUGAGAGCAGUAGCUGCUGUGCAUUUCAGCACUCUGGACCAACAACAUCUCCCCACGCUGCACAUCUGGAGGCCGAGAGUGGAGGGAGCUGUCGGAACAUCUGGAGCUCACAGCCAGGAAAUCAACUCUUGAUUUUUCUUCCCUCCUCUUUUUGGUAUUGUUUGGUUCAUUUCUGUCUUUCUUUUCAGGAUCUAAAAGGAUAAGAUUCACUUUAUUGCCCAGAAAGUCCUGCCACAGACAUAGCAUCCAAAGGGGGGGGACCCUGCUGGUUUUUGGCAUGUAUAAUAGCGGCUGAUGCUCUGCUGAACUCUUUGGAUACAGGUGCAGCCAAGGAAGGAAAGGGAAGGGGGGGGUUCAUUCUCCUAAAAAGAGAAUCUGGAUAAAAUACUUCUGUUUGCUAAUGAGCACCGAUAAAAGGAUUAUAACUCCUGAGACAGGGACUUCCCUCUAAUUAGGACACAGAAAGACUUCUUUCAGUGGAAAAGCCAAAGCUAGAGGAAGAUUGAUUCGUAUCAAGUACUAAGGUAAUCUCAUCUGAACUAAGUCCCAACCUUGGAACAAAGGAUGCACUUUGGUUUAUCAUCUGUGCAAUAUAAGACUUCCCCUUUUGUGUCAUUGUCAUAUUCUUGAGAACUUUCUCUGGACAUUGAAAAAAUAGCAAGACAACUACUGUAAAAGGUAUUCAAAGAAUCAAAGGCCUAACAGGAAUCUCAAUAAUCCUCAAUUAAAGAUACAGUUCCUCAAGAGCAUUUAAUUGACUCAAAAUACCACAGAAGAACGUUGAGGUUUUGUUAAUUUCUAGUUCAUGAAUGUGAUAAAAAUAGGCCAGUGAUACAUUCAUGAUAUAUAUUGCAAGGUGGACAGAGAAUGCUGGCUCUCCAUCAACAUCUUGAACUGUACUAUAGAAAUAUAUUUCCUAAACUUAAGUUGUAAUAGCUUAACGUCUUGGGAGUUACUGCAUUCAACAAGUGUGGUCAACAAGAAAGAAUCUCAAUAUGUACCUUUUCUUGGUGCUCAGUCUCCACACCCUGUGGGUGGCAGUCUCUAUAGCAAUGCAGCAUGGACACUAUGACAUGUGUAAGACACAAACAAGGUCCGAUGAAGUCAUUGUGUGGGAAUAUAUGGCUUGUCAGCCCGAAUCUAAAGACAUGACACCAUAUCUAAAAGUAAAGCUGGAUCCUCCAAACAGCACCUGUGGAGACCCUCCAGAACCCUUCUGUGCUAUGGGUAAUCCAUACAUGUGCAACAAUGAAUGUGAUGCCAGCACAAAAGAACUUGCACACCCUCCUGAACUUAUGUUUGAUUCUGAGGGCAGAAAUCCCAGCACCUUUUGGCAAUCUGUGACUUGGAAGAACUACCCUGCUCCUUUACAGAUCAAUGUUACAUUGUCCUGGGGCAAGACCAUAGAACUCACCCAAAACAUUGCCAUUACCUUUGAGUCCGGCCGACCUGAGAAAAUGAUCUUGGAAAAAUCUCUGGACUAUGGGUUAACGUGGCAGCCUUACCAGUUUUACGCUGCUGAUUGCCUGGAUGCAUUUAGGAUGGAGCCCAAAUCUGUGAAAGACUUGUCUGCAAGUACCGUCCUAGACAUAAUAUGUACAGAGGAGUAUUCAACUGGAUACGCUGCACAUACCAAAACCAUAUCAUUUGAGAUUAAAGAUCGUUUUGCAAUAUUCGCUGGACCCCGGUUGCAUAACAUGGCAUCAUUAUACAGCCAACUGGACACCACGAAAAACCUGCGAGAUUUCUUCACGGUGACAGACUUAAGGAUUAGGCUUCUUAAACCUGCCACAGGAGCCACUUUUGUUGAUGAAACAAAACUGGGGAGAUACUUCUAUGCGAUAUCUGAUAUCAAGAUCCAUGGGAGAUGUAAAUGUAACCUUCAUGCGAACAGUUGUACCUUCACAAAUAAUCGCCUGGCUUGUGACUGUGAGCACAACACAACUGGACAGGAUUGCGAACGGUGUAAGAAGAACUACCAAGGACAGGCAUGGAGUGCAGGUUCAUACCUAACCAUUCCCAAGGGGACUGCCAAUAUCUGUGUAUCCAGCAUGCCCAGCACUGUACAAGACAAAAAACGGAAGCAAACCAUCACUGCAGCGCCUCCAAACUUUGAUAGGAUAAAGACGAAUGCUUCUUUCCUAGACGUUGCAAACAGAAAGCAAGUUUUUUCCAAAGUAGCCCACUCUACAGUGCCACCUGCUCGUGUUUCGAGUCACAAAAGAGAUUGCUAUUGCUACGGGCACUCCAGCCGCUGCACUUACAUCGAGGUUGUAAACACGGCGGUCUGCGUGGGCUGCAGACACAACACUCAUGGCCAACAGUGUGAAAAGUGCAAGAAAGGCUUCCACAGAAAUGGGUCUGCCAAACUGGAUGAUGUAAAUGUAUGCCUAGCAAACAUCUGCGACAAUGAGUUGCUUCGUUGUCAAAAUGGUGGGAUAUGCCACAACAAUAUGAGGUGCCUAUGUCCUCCUGGCUAUACGGGCAUACUGUGUGAGCAUUGUGAGGAUAAAGACCUCUGCUUUCCCAAAUCUGGACAAUCUGGACAAGAAUCUAUCUCCCAUAACCUUUAUCUAAUCACCAUGAUAAUUGUAACUCAGCUGUGCACUUUCUAAAGAAUGUGAUCUAUGUACUAUAGGUUGUAAUGGCGGGUGAUCUGAGUCUGGAUGACGUGGGAAAAUGUAAAGGAAUAAAUAAACUAUAUAACAAUAGAGAGGGCCUCACUGUACUAAGCCAUAUGUACCAAUCUGUGAAUGAGAGAUCCAUGACUGUUAUGAUUCUGGCUCACAAAAUGGCUGCCUAGCAGAAGACUGCUGCCAUGGUAACAGAUCCAGCUGUAAAGGCCUAACAUAGAAGAAAAGGCCCUCACAACAUGAUCAUCAGAAACAGAACUGCUUCCAUGGUAAUUCCAGGUGUAUGUAGCUAUGACCUACGUGGAAUGCCCUAGCAAGACAGCUGCCUAAGGAGGACUGAUACCAUGGCAGGAUAAGCUGCAUUUUUGAAUUGCCCUUGACAUGUUCCAAACGAAGAGGACAACAAGUGCUUGUUUGCCACUUCCACACGGUUAUUGUACCUCUCUGCCCAGUGUGUGGACCAACCAAAUAGCGUCAUUCUUUGCUGCCAGUGCAUUGUGGGCAAAGGAAAGCGACCAUAUUGGUCCCCCGAUGCCCUUACACCUGUGCUUUUGUGAACGUCGCUCCGUAUACCCUCGUUGGUCGAAAGAUUUUAUUUGUCCAAUGUUAGUGGUGCACAUAACUCCCUUCCUUGGCCCCAUCUCUUUUAGGAGAAUACUUCAAAGCUUGUAUAUCAAAGGUACGCCAAGAUUAUAAAAAAGAAAAAGAAAAAAAG